UGGCGAAAGCAAGUUGUUUUGAACAAACAUUUCCUUUUACAGAUUCGGGGUGAAAGUUUAGGGGUUGUUUGAAAAAUGGGCGAAGAAAAAGACGGAAAAAAUAACGAGCGUGAGCGGAGCCGCGACAGGGAUAGGGAGAAGGAUCGAAGGCGGCGUUCUAGGUCCCGGGAACACAGGAGACGCUCGAGGUCCCGCAGUCGAGACAGGCGCAGGAGGAGCAGAUCAGGGAGCCGCCACAAGAGUCACUCUCGCAGACGCAAGCCUUCUCUGUACUGGGAUGUGCCCCCGCCGGGUUUCGAGCACAUCACGCCUCUGCAGUAUAAAGCGAUGCAAGCCGCUGGACAAAUCCCGGCGAACAUAGUGGCGGAUACGCCCCAAGCCGCGGUCCCCGUCGUGGGGUCCACGAUCACGAGACAGGCGAGAAGGUUAUACGUUGGUAAUAUUCCAUUCGGGGUGACGGAAGAGGAGAUGAUGGAGUUCUUCAACCAACAGAUGCACUUGAGCGGGUUGGCUCAAGCCGCCGGAAAUCCAGUGUUAGCGUGCCAGAUUAACUUGGACAAGAAUUUCGCGUUUUUGGAGUUUAGGUCUAUCGAUGAAACGACACAGGCGAUGGCUUUCGACGGAAUUAAUUUCAAAGGACAAAGUUUGAAGAUCCGGCGGCCGCACGAUUAUCAACCGAUGCCAGGUAUGGCGGAAAGUAGUAUAAGUGUUCCAGCAGGGGUUAUAAGCACUGUAGUGCCUGAUUCUCCACACAAGAUCUUUAUCGGAGGGUUACCAAAUUAUUUGAACGAAGAUCAGGUGAAAGAAUUGUUGAUGUCGUUCGGACAAUUGAGAGCCUUCAAUCUCGUCAAGGACACUGCGUUCGGCCUGAGUAAAGGGUACGCGUUUGCCGAAUACAUCGACAUCACGAUGACGGAUCAGGCCAUCGCGGGUUUGAACGGGAUGCAACUGGGCGACAAACGUUUGAUCGUGCAGAGGGCAAGCGUGGGGGCGAAGAACACCACAGUUUUACCGGCCGUACAAAUCCAAGUGCCCGGUUUGAGUAUAGUGGGGGCGUCAGGACCCGCCACCGAAGUCUUGUGUUUGUUGAACAUGGUGACACCCGACGAACUUAAAGACGAAGAAGAGUACGAAGAUAUUCUGGAAGACAUUAAAGAAGAAUGUAACAAGUACGGGGUGGUGCGGAGUAUAGAGAUUCCACGACCGAUCGACGGGGUGGAAGUGCCGGGAUGCGGAAAGGUAUUUGUCGAAUUCAAUUCAGUUCUUGAUUGUCAAAAAGCACAACAAACUCUGACUGGUCGUAAGUUCAGUAACAGAGUCGUGGUGACGUCGUAUUUUGACCCAGAUAAGUAUCAUAGAAGAGAGUUUUAAACACGUUAAGUAAGGAUCAAUGUCAUGUAUUGUAACUUCUGGUAAUUAAACCCAUAAGUAGCCUUAAUAAUAA